AUGUAUUAUUUCAUUCAUUAUACAACAUUAUUUAUAUUAGUUUGUUCAUUUUAUCAAACUGAUAAUUUUCUACUUAAAAAUCGUAUAUCAAAAAUUAAAAUUGGUUCGUUUAAUUUACGACGAUAUUCUUUGGCGAAAGCUACACCAACAAAUUCAGUUAAUUUACAUAUAUCAAAAAUUCUUAAACGAUAUGAUCUUGUUUUUCUUCAAGAAAUAAUUGAUGCAUCAAAUGAUAAUCGUGUUAUUAAUCAUCUUUUAAAUCAUCUUCAUAAACAAUCGAAAUCAAUAAAAUAUGAAGCUAUUAUUUCAUCACCACUUGGUUUAACAUCAUAUAAAGAACGUUUAGUAUAUUUAUAUCGUAAAAAAUCUUCUCAUAUUCAAAUACUUUCAUCUUAUGUUUAUAAUGGAUCCGUAAGUAAAAUGUUUGAACGUCCACCAUUUAUUCUUCAUAUAAAAUUAUCAUCAUUUGGACAAAUUAUAUUUAUUGGUGUUCAUCUUAAACCAGAUAAUGUUUAUAAUGAAUUUCGUUUUUUACGAACAGUUAUUGAUGAAUUCAAAGAACAAUCAUCAUCAAUUAUUUUAUUAGGUGAUUUUAAUGCUGAUUGUUCCUAUUUAAAUAAUGCAAAAAAGAAAGAAAUAAGAACAUCGUAUUUCAAUGAAUUUCAAUGGUUAAUUGAUGAUCGAACAGAAACAAAUUUACUUCAAUCAUGUUCAUAUGAUAGAAUCUUAGUUUCAUCAGGUAUAAAUCAUUGGAAAAAAGUCAAUUGGAAAGCAAAAACAAAUGGAACAUUUGAAUUUGAUAAAAAAUUUAAAUUAACUAAACAAUUAGCCUUACAAAUUAGUGAUCAUUAUCCAAUUGAAGUUGAUAUUUAUUAA